UGACUGUUGUUGAUGCACACAUAAUAACAAUUUUAUGUGUGUAUAAUAUUUUUCACCCCUCGCUGCCACCCCUAUGACACUCAAGGCUAGGAUCAAUAUACGACGAACUUUAUUCCUGUCAGAAUUGAUUGUUCCAUAGCUAAAAACACAGCAAAAAUAAUAUACAAAAUUUUAUAAAAAUUAAUAAUAUAUAAUUAGUUAUUUAACACCAAAUAUGUUUAAUAAAUUCAAGUGACUUUGUUGUGCUAGCAAAAUAAGUUUAAUUAUUAAAGAAGCAACUCGUGACCUACAAGAAUUUUACUCCAAGGCUAAUUAAUAAUUAAUAAUAUCAAAAAAAAAAAAUGACAGUUUUACAAAUAGAUUAUCUACAAAUACACUGGCCAACAAAUUUAAUAUUAAAUAUGAUAUUUAACAAUUGAUGAGAGAAAAAAAGCUAUACACUUUGUUGUUUACACACAAAAAAAUUUAGUUGGCAAAAAAAAGAUAAAAAAAAAACAAAAAAUGAUUAGUAUAUUAUUGGGUGUAUCGAUUGUUUCAUCAGUUUGGGGAUCUUUGCCACCUCAGGAGGAUAAUGUUUUACACAUUGGUGGAAUAUUUCCAAUUGGAGGUGAAGGAGGAUGGCAGGGAGGUCAGGCAUGCAUGCCAGCAGCAAACUUAGCCUUAGAGGAUGUCAAUCGUGCCAAGGAUUUGUUGUCAGGUUUUGAAUUAAGACUACACUCAAAUGACAGUGAGUGUGAACCUGGUCUUGGUGCAUCAGUCAUGUAUAAUCUUCUUUACAAUACACCACAAAAAUUAAUGCUGUUAGCUGGUUGUUCAACAGUUUGUACAACUGUUGCUGAAGCAUCAAAAAUGUGGAAUCUUGUUGUAUUAUGUUAUGGUGCAUCAUCACCAGCAUUAUCUGAUCGUAAUCGUUUUCCAACAUUAUUUCGUACUCAUCCAUCAGCAACAGUACAUAAUCCAACUCGUAUAAAACUUCUUCAACGUUUUGGCUGGUCAAGAAUAGCAAUUUUACAACAAGCAGAAGAAGUAUUUAUAUCAACUGUUGAAGAACUUGAAUCACGUUGUAAAGAAGCUGAAAUUGAAAUUGUAACACGUCAAUCAUUUUUAUCAGAUCCAUCAGAUGCUGUUAGAAAUUUACGUCGUCAAGAUGCACGCAUUAUUGUUGGACUAUUUUAUGUUGUUGCAGCAAGAAGAGUGCUAUGUGAAGCAUAUCAUCAAAAUUUAUUUGGUAAAAGUUAUGUUUGGUUGUUAAUUGGUUGGUAUGAAGACAAUUGGUUUGAAGUAAAUUUAGAUAAAGAAGGUAUAACAUGUACAAAAGAACAAAUGCGUCUUGCUGCUGAGGGUCAUUUAACAACAGAAGCACUUAUGUGGAAUCAAAAUAAUGAUACAACAAUAAGUGGCAUGACAUCUGAAGAUUUUCGUCAAAGAUUAAAUAAAAUGUUAAGAGAAGAUGGAUAUGAAAUUGAUAAAGAUCGUUAUCCUGAAGGCUAUCAAGAGGCACCACUUGCAUAUGAUGCUGUAUGGUCAGUUGCACUUGCAUUUAAUAAAACAAUGGAAAAAUUAGCUAAAACUGGAAAAAGUUUAAAAAAUUUUUCAUAUACUGAAAAAGAAAUUGCUGAUGAAAUAUAUUCAGCAAUAAAUUCAACACAAUUUUUAGGUGUAUCUGGUUAUGUUGCAUUUAGUUCACAAGGUGAUAGAAUUGCAUUAACACAAAUUGAACAAGUUAUUGAUGGUAAAUAUGUUAAGCUUGGAUAUUAUGAUACACAAGCUGAUAAUUUAACAUGGAGAAAUAUGGAAAGAUGGAUUGGUGGAAAGGUUCCUCAGGAUCGUACGAUUGUGAGGAAAGUUCUUAGAACUGUAUCCCUUCCACUGUUCAUCUGCAUGGGUAUUGUCUCAAUUAUUGGAAUUAUAUUUACAAUAAUGCUUAUUAUAUUUAAUAUUUGGCAUCGUCAUAGAAGAGUAAUACAAUCAUCACAUCCAGUUUGUAAUACAAUAAUGCUUGUUGGUGUUAUAGCUUGUUUAAUAUCUGUAUUUUUACUUGGUGUUGAUGGAAGAUUUGUUGAACCAUGGGAAUAUGCUGCAGUAUGUCAAGCAAGAACAUGGAUGCUGUCAAUUGGUUUUACACUUGCUUUUGGAGCAAUGUUUAGUAAAGUUUGGAGAGUACAUAGAUUAACAACAAAAGCUAAAGCUGAUCAAGCUAAAUUGUUCAUGUCAAAACAAAAAGUAUCAUCAGUACAAAAAAAUAUUCAACCAUGGAAAUUAUAUACAAUGGUUAGUUCAUUAUUAGUCAUUGAUAUAUGUAUUUUGGGUGCAUGGCAAUGGCUGGAUCCAUUGCAAAGAACAAUUGAAGUAUUUCCACUUGAAUUACCACCAUAUGGUGAUGAUGAUGCUAGAAUAAGACCAGAAUUGGAACACUGUGAAAGUCAUCAUCAGUCAGUAUGGCUAGGAAUUAUGUAUGGAUACAAAGGUGUUGUUUUGGUAUUUGGAUUAUUUUUAGCAUAUGAAACAAGAAGUAUUAAAGUCAAACAAAUUAAUGAUUCACGAUAUGUUGGAAUGUCAAUAUACAAUGUUGUUGUACUUUGUUUAAUCACAGCACCAGUUACAAUGGUUAUUGCAAGUCAACAAGAUGCUAGUUUUACAUUUGCUGCACUUGCUGUUAUAUUUUGUUGUUUUUUAAGUAUGGCAUUGAUAUUUGUGCCAAAAGUUAUUGAAGUUAUACGACAUCCAAAAGACAAAGCUGAAUCAAAGUAUAAUCCAGAUGUUGGUAUGUCAAAAGAAGACGAAGAAAGAUAUCAAAAACUUGUCACUGAAAAUGAUGAAUUACAAAGACUCAUUGCACAGAAAGAAGAAAAAAUCAAAGUACUUAAACAACGACUUGCUGAGCGUGAUGCAUCAAAAGGUGGUAUUGGUAAUUUACCAAAGGACUCAUUAAUUGUUGCUGAUUUUGUGACUGGCGAGGGAACAUCUGAUAGUGCAAUUGGUGGGGGUAUUUCGGGUUAUACAAGAUCAUCCCGUGCAUCUGCAUCUGAUUUUGAAUUUUCUGAAUCAUACCUUUAGAUUUAAAGCGAAUAUUUUAUAAUCUUAUCAAUCCCAAUUUUAUUUUUUAAAUCAAAUUGAAUGUUGCUCAUCCUCUUACGACCAAAAUUUCGGGCUCAACUUGUCAUCCGGUUUUUUUUUUUUUUUUCAUUUUUAAAAAGUAAUAUAUAACUUGUCAAUGUAUAGAUGUUGCCUAAUAUAUAUUUUUUCUUUCUUUCAAUUACAAUAAUUUUGUCCGGGGAAUAAAUCAAAAAACAUUAAUCGGCCUAAUAUAAAUAUAUUUUUUAUCGGUCACAAUUAAAAAAAACAGUCAAUAGUAUACGAAUACACGGAUUCAUGUACAAAUAUUUUUUACAAAAAGAAAAAAAAACAAUAAUAUUUUUUCACCUGACUAUUAUUUUACAAAUAUAUGGUAAUUUUUUUUAAUCCUUUUACGUGCGCACAAGUGAGUCUUUUAAAGUAUGUGUCGGGUCCAAUGAAAAUAAUAAAUAAAAAUAAAAUAACCAAACCGCUUGUCUUGAUUGAAAAUAUAAAUAAUAUAUAUUUAGAUAACUGCCAUUAUCAGAGUUAGAAAACGGAAAAGAAAAAAAAGUUAUUUACAUUUUAUUUUUUAAUGUGUUGUCUUCCGUAGAUUGUUGUCCUCCUUUUUUAAGUUAUACCUAAAUUUAUAACUAUUCAUAUUGCAUGAUAAUGAUAAAUGUACAAGUCCAAUGAUUAAUAUUAGAUAAAAAAAAAUAAUAAUUGAAUAUCAGGUAUAUUCAAUGUUAAUAUAAAAUCGCAGUUAAAUCUCGUUAGACAAUCAUCAAGACGAUUGAUUCGUCGAUAGAGAAAAAAUAAAUUUAGUGUUGUAUUAAAUGUGUAAACCUCAUGAAGUCAACUCCCAAAUUUCGCGAUUAAUAUUUUAAAAAUUAUUUAUUAUUUUAUUUGAUUAAAUUCUAACGAGAUUUAAACGCAAAUAAUAAAAAGAAUAAAAAAAAAUAUCAAGUACCAUUCAUAAAUAAUUUGGGAGUCUUGAUGAGGUAGCUAAUUAUCUUGAAAGUUUAUAAAAUUGAAAGAAAAAUAUAUAUAUUUAAAAGUAAAAUAAAAAUUAAAAAUUAAAUCUAAAUGUUUUAGAACUAAGUACAGAGAUAAACUCUAUAUGGAAAAAAUUAAUAUUAAAAAUAAUGUAUUAAUGUAAUGUUAUUUAUGGAUGGGCCCAAAGAAAAAAAAAACAAAAACAAAAAAAAAAUUAAUCAGUGAUAUAAAAUUACAAAUACAUAAUAAUUAUUAUUAUU